AUGGAGGUCGAGUUCAACAGGGCCAUGGGGCUGCUGCGGGGCGGAGACAUCGACGCCUGCAUCGACGUAAUGAAGCUGCUGUGCUUUGAGAUGAUGGACAUGCUCAAGGGAUCAGACUCUGGCGGCCAGGACAGCGGCGGCGGCGGCGACGCGCCCGGCGCCAUGGUGCGCGACCUGCUGGUGCGGCGCGCGGACGAACUGGCGGGACUUAUGGCCGAGAAGACACAGCAGAUCUUCUCCGAGGCGUCCUGCGCCAUCGCGCUGGGCCGGCCCCCCAACAGCCGCGCCUGCAAGUACGCCCUCAACUGCCUCAUGAACAUCUUCAGCAGCCCCGGGCUGCCGGCGGGCGUGGAGCAGGGCACUCUGCACAGGCUGGUGCGUGUGCUGCUGCUGCGGCUGGUGGACGAGCACCUGGUCAAGGUGCCAGAGGGGGAGGCACUGCUCAAGGCUCUCAACGUGCUGAUGCUGAAGCUGCUGGAGAACUGCGACCGCAACGCGUCCUUUGCCGCGCUGCUGGCUCUGCUGCUGGAGGCGCCCCAGGGGGUGGCGGGGGAGCCAGAGCUGGAGGCCAGGUGGAGUGAUCUGGUGGUCAAGUGCCUCAUCAAGAUCACCAAGGCCCUGCCAUCAACCAUCGACGCGGUGGACCUGCGGCAGCUGCUGUUUGCGAUCCACUCGUUCUUCGAGUCGCUGGGGGUGGACGAGAUCCGGCGGCGCGGCGGCCGCGACGACAAGCCGCUGCGCAUGCGUGUGUGA